ACUCGUCGUCAAUAGCGAGUAGUCGAAGAGACUGAUCUUAAGUCUAUUUCACGAUGAAACCAAUCAGGCGAAACACGCCACGGAUGCAAGGGUUGCUCGUGGUAGCGAUCAUUGGAACGAUUUGUUCGAUAAUCCAAACCGAAGCCGCCAGUCUUGUGUCUCCACCAAAGGAGCCAGAACAUAAAUGCACGGAGGAUGAGUGCGUCGUAGAACGUCUACAAAGUGCGGCGCGUAUGUUGAAGUACCGUAACCCCUUUGUCGAACCUUGCGACAAUUUCUACCGAUUCGUUUGCGGUUUUUACAAUGACGGGGACAUCACUGCUACCCCACAAUUCUACGAGUGGAUGCGAGAUGCUACCAUCAACGGGCUGAUUGGUGACGAUGAUGUGAAGAGUGAAUUCAAGCCUUUCAAACUCAUUCAGGAUUUCCAUGAAACCUGCAUGAAUGAAGAAUUGUCUGGAGAACAAGAUCUAACUGCUUUGAAAGAAGGUAUCAAAUCACUGGGCGGUUGGCCUAUUUUGGAAGGUGACAAAUGGAAGGAAGAUGACUUCGAUUGGAUAGAAUUCACUGGUAAAUCCAAGGCAGCUGGUGUCGAUCUUAUUUAUUUCAUGGGAUUCGAACCAGAACUAUUACCCGACGGAACAGAAAAUAAACUGAUAUUCAACCUUGAAAAGACUCCAAAUGACAUCGAACACAUAUUGUCCGCAGGGGGACAAGAAUCUGUUUACGAAUCAUACAUCGCUGAAGUAGUUAAGCUUCUUGGUAUGGAAGGCAACGUCGAUGAGGAAGUGAAAAAAAUAGUCGAGUUUGAAGAAAAAUUAUAUCAAAUCGAUGGUAUACCAGAUUCAGAUGAGGACCAAAUUAUGCCGGUCGAUGGGUUGAAAACAAGAAUACCCGGUAUGGAUUGGGAAAAGCUUGUCAGCAAAACCCUGACCCCCUUUAUGGAUGCCGAUGACAAGCCUUUCAUAAAAAUCUGGGAUGCGGACGCGGUUCAAGAAAUGAUAAAGCUCAUAGACAGUACUCCUAAACGUGUGCAAGCAAACUACGCCAUAUGGAAAAUAGUUCAAUUCGCAGUUGAAUACUUGACGCCUGCAUUCCGGGAAGCGAGAAAUAAGUUCUACAAAGAAGUAGAAUACGAUGGAAUUGAUCGAGAACUAGUUUGCGAUGAGAUGACUAAGGAAUAUGUCGGAGAGGCUAUUGCCUUCUUCUACAUGUCCCAAUAUAGCGAUGGAACUGAAAUAAUUUACGGCAUGACAGAAGCGAUCAAGAAAACGAUGGUCGAAAUGGUCAAAGAGUCAACGAAAUUCAACGACACGACCAAAGAAGAAGCCUCUAAGUUGAUCAUGAACCUGCCCAUAACUAUUGGCCCGUCUGCGAAGUUGUCAGACCCAACGGCAUUGGAGAAAUUAUACGAAGGGGUAGAAGUUGACAAAGAAAGUUUUCUUAAAACGCUCGUAACUUUCAAUAUAUUGAGAUUGCGCCUGGAUUACAGCAGCAAACUAAACAGCGACUACCAUUUCGAUGAAGAAGAAGAAGAUGAUUCAAAUCCGGGAUUGCCUGAGAAUCAUGAUGGUCAUAUAUAUGUACCAACGAAAAUGUUAUCAAGCUCAAUAUUCAACGGAGGCCGUCCAUUGUACAUGAAUUUCGGAGCGGGUGGUAUGACUCUGGCUCAUGAAAUCUACCCUGCAGUAGCAGCUCUCGCUGACACUAGCGACCAAGCUGAUUGCUUCAGUCACCUAUUCGACGACCUUAAAGAUCCAGAAUUGCAAAAUGUCACCACUGAGGCCACAGUGCACGGGGUGGGUGCUCAAUUCAUUGCGUUCAAAGCAGCUUAUCGUGCCUACAAGAGCUUAAUUGCUGAAAUCGGACCAGAAAAACCAUUGCCUGAAAUUCCCUACACACCUGAACAAUUAUUCUGGAUAUCUUACGCGGGAUCUUUCUGCGCCUCAAAUCAGAAAGAUGAAGGAGAAGAUGAUGAUGAUGAUGAUGACAAAGAAGAUUCACUAUCGCUGCCCGAAACGACUGUAAUGAGAAUUCUAAGAAAUAUACCCGAAAUUUCGGCCGAUUUCCAGUGCGCCGUCGGCACUCCAUUGAAUCCCGAGAAGAAAUGUACCUGGUGGUAAAUCACACCAUCAACCACUGAAAUGUUAAUCUGAUAAUUUUGUUUAAAUUGUAUUUCUUAUUAUGAGAAUAAAUAAAAUCUGUGUUUGGCUCAAAUAAACAA